AGGCUAACACUACUCCUUUCACUAUCUCUGUUGUGAACUGGUGGUACAGAGAAUGGUGGCGUGUUCUUUAACACACUAAAACGUGAUAAACACAGAGAUGAAUAGGUGUACUGUCAACAACUUUAUUCUGACAGGGAUUCUAGACAGUGCUCCAUUCAGAGAGAGGUUCAGAUGAACAGAGACUCUACAGUACCAGAUCAGGUACAAGAGGUCUGUUAUUAUGUCAUGGACAAGAAGGUGCUGGUCCUGUUUCUCUCUGGGCUCUACACUCUCUCGUCAUGCCUUGCUCAUGAGUAUCACUUUGUGAACAUGAAUAAGACCUGGACUGAAGCACAGAGAUACUGCAGAGAGAAGUACACUGACCUGGCUACCAUAGAAAACAUGGAGGAUAUGAAGAGGCUGAUCAACACUGUAGACAGUGGUUAUAUUGGAUCAGCCUGGAUAGGGUUGGAGAAGGGAGAGUGGCAGUGGUCUCUGGCAGACAGAGAUUACAGUCAGGGAUAUGUCAACUGGGAAGAGACCGAACCCAAUAAUGCCGGAGGGAAGGAGGACUGUGUAUUUAUGAGACGCAGUGGUCAAUGGAAUGAUGCCCUGUGUAACGUUCAACAUUUCUUCAUCUGCAAUGGCAUGAAAAAUUCUAAGGAGUCUUUCCAUUUCAUUAAUGAGGCUAAAACGUGGCACGAGGCACAGAGUUACUGCAGGAAGUACUACACAGACCUGGCCAGUGUGAGGAACCAGACUCAGAACCAUGAGGUAGUGACAGUGGCUGCUGCCAAUGAAGGGUGGAUCGGCCUGUUCAGAGACUCCUGGAAGUGGUCGGCCGGAAGUAACUCCUCAUUCACAUACUGGAUAAAGGAAAAGCCCAACAAUUCCAAAGGAAAUCAGGACUGUGCCUCGACAAGGUUGAAUAACUUGGGAAGAUGGGAUGAUAUGCAGUGUUACAUAAACAGUCCCUUCAUUUGCUACGGUGCUCCAGUGAAGACACAGCAGGUGGUGAGAGUGAAGCUGACCCCAAAGGACCAGAACAUGGACCUGACUGAUCCUGCCAUUCAGGAGGCCAUCUUGCAGCAGUUUGUGUUCCAGAUAAGGAAAGAGCUGAGGGAGAAGGGGAUUUCUGAUGACGUCAAACUGAGAUGGAAGGAGCAGACCGAUGGAAAGAUCUUCCACAAGGAAGAAAAGAAGAAUUAAAGAGGAGAAACUCAACCGAGUAUUAAGCUGGAACUGUAAAUACCAUUACAGUAGAGACUAUGGGGACUUUUCUGACCAACAUCCCAUUGACAGCCCGACUAAUCAAAACCCUGAAAACUAACCCUUACCGUGUCCCUAAUGUUAACCAACCCCCUAACCCUAACCUUAAGUAACCCCCUAACCCUGACCUUAACCCUAACCAACCCUCUAACCCUGACCGUUACCAAACCCCUAACCCUAACCUUAACCAACUCCCUAACCCUAACCUUAACUAACCCCCUAACCCUGACCUUAAGUAACCCCCUAACCCUGACCUUAACCCUAACCAACCCUCUAACCCUGACCUUAACCAAACCCCUAACCCUGACCUUUACCAACUCCCUAACCCUGACCUUAACCCUAACCAACCCUCUAACCCUGACCUUUACCAAACCCCUAACCCUAACCUUAACCAACUCCAUAACCCUAACCUUAACUAACCCCUAACCCUGACCUUAAGUAACCCCUAACCCUAACCAACCCUCUAACCCUGACCUUAACCAAACCCCUAACCCUGACCUUUACCAACUCCCUAACCCUGACCUUAACCCUAACCAACCCUCUAACCCUGACCUUAACCCUAACCAACCCUCUAACCCUAACCUUAACCAACCCCUAACCCUGACCUUAACCCUAACCAAACCCCUAACCCUAACCUUAACUAACCCCUAACCCUGACCUCAACCCUAACCAACCCUCUAACCCUGACCCUAACCAACCCUCUAACCCUGACCUUAACCAACUCCCUAACCCUAACCUUAACUAACCCACCUAACCCUGACCUUAAGUAACCCCCUAACCCUGACCUUAACCCUAACCAACCCUCUAACCCUGACCUUAACCAAACCCCUAACCCUGACCUUUACCAACUCCCUAACCCUGACCUUAACCCUAACCAACCCUCUAACCCUGACCUUUACCAAACCCCUAACCCUAACCUUAACCAACUCCAUAACCCUAACCUUAACUAACCCCCUAACCCUGACCUUAAGUAACCCCUAACCCUGACCUUAACCCUAACCAACCCUCUAACCCUGACCUUUACCAAACCCCUAACCCUAACCUUAACCAACCCCUAACCCUGACCUUAACCCUAACCAACCCUCUAACCCUGACCUUAACCAAACCCCUAACCCUAACCUUAACCAAAUCCCUAACCCUGACCUUAACCCUAACCUUAACCAAUCCCUUAACCCUAACCUUAACCUCAGUUUAACCAAUGUAGAAAUUAAAUAUAGUCGUUCAAGUACCCUUCGUUUCUCCCAACUUUUAUAUAUUAAAAUAAAAACGUAUAUUCUUUGAAUCCUGUUCUUUAUACUCAGUAGCCAACAACAGUUACAUAUUAAUACUGUCAAAUUGCAUCUGGAUUGUUUUCACACUUAUUGUUCAAACUAUAAUUCCAAUAAAUAUCUAAAAGUUUCAGCUUUCUUGUUAUUGAUUCAAUCUAUUUCUUUUUCUUGUUGUUUCUAACUGUAAACAACUACUUACUGUACCUUAACAUGAAAGAGUGAGUUUAAAUUUACAUUGUCGGUUAAAGGGGAAAUAGUUGUAUCUCUGUGUUUAUUCUGUCGUUUUUUUUCAGGUAGGUUUAACAUAACAGUCCCCACAGGGAGAAUAUGUAAAUGGUUGAUUUUAAAUCUAAUUUGUUGAUCAGUUGAUUGAUUGAUUGCUUUAUUAUGUGAUUGAUUAUGUAUUGAAUAAUUAUGGGAUUUUAAUAUGUUUUACAGCAUUAAAGAUUAUUUCAUUGAUAAGGUU